GCGGCGGGAGAAGGGGCCAGGGAGCUGCGCUACCGCGCCGCCAACCCGGGCGAGGCUCGGCCGCGUCGUCCCUGCGUGCCGAGAUCCUUUGAGACUGCAAAGACUAUUUAAAGAAGGAAGACAGCAUGAGAUUGGAUUUAGUGUAGUAAAGUAGGUUAAUUUGAGGACAAGACAAAAAAAUCAUUAUUUAGACCUUCUUGUGUUGCCGUGAUGAGAACUUACCAUUGCUUCUGGCUGCUGUUUUGGGCUGGUCAGCCCCACCAAAGUUUCUUAACUCCAUUAUCCAAAAGGACUAGUGGCUUUCCAGAAAAGGAAGAGGUUUUGGUGUUGUCUGGAAACAGCAGGCAAGACCUCCAUCGUUCCAAAAGGAGCUGGAUGUGGAAUCAGUUCUUUUUAUUGGAGGAAUACACAGGAACUGACUACCAAUAUGUUGGCAAGCUGCAUUCAGACCAGGAUAAAGGAGAUGGAUCACUUAAAUACAUCCUUUCUGGAGAUGGAGCAGGAGACCUCUUCAUUAUCAAUGAAAACACUGGUGACAUCCAGGCCACAAAGAGACUAGACAGGGAAGAAAAGCCUGUAUACAUACUCCGUGCCCAGGCUAUAAACAGAAGGACUGGAAGACCAGUGGAACCAGAAUCUGAGUUCAUCAUUAAGAUCCAUGAUAUCAAUGACAAUGAGCCAAUGUUUACAAAGGACGUUUACAAUGCCAGCAUUCCCGAAAUGUCAGAUGUUGGUACCUUUGUUGUGCAAGUCACUGCAACUGAUGCCGAUGAUCCUACAUAUGGGAACAGUGCUAAAGUUGUCUACAGCAUUCUCCAGGGACAACCAUAUUUCUCCGUUGAAUCUGAGACAGGCAUUAUUAAAACUGCUUUACUGAACAUGGACCGUGAAAAUAGGGAGCAAUACCAAGUGGUCAUCCAGGCUAAAGACAUGGGAGGCCAGAUGGGCGGAUUAUCAGGAACCACCACCGUGAACAUCACACUGACUGAUGUCAACGACAAUCCACCUCGCUUCCCCCAGAGCACAUACCAGUUCAGAGCUCCUGAGUCUAUGCCACUCGACUCCCCGGUUGGCAGGAUAAAAGCUAACGAUGCUGACGUGGAUGAAAAUGCAGAGAUUGAAUACAGCAUCACUGAGGGGGAUGGAUAUGACAUGUUUGGAAUUACCACAGACAAGGACACACAGGAAGGAAUUAUAACUGUGAAAAAGGCAUUGGAUUUUGAAAGCAAAAACUUGUAUAUUCUCAAAGUGGAAGCUACCAACACUCAUGUGGACCCUCGAUUCCUGUACUUGGGGCCAUUCAAAGACUCAGCCACAGUCAGAAUUCAGGUGGAGGAUGUAGAUGAACCUCCCAUGUUCAGCAGACCAGCAUACAUAAUGGAAGUGAAAGAAGAUGUUCCAUUAAACAGUGUAAUAGGAACAGUAACUGCUCAGGAUCCAGAUGUUGCCAAGAAUCCUGUCAAGUAUUCUGUAGAUCGUCACACUGAUAUGGACAGAGUAUUCAACAUCAAUUCAGGCAAUGGUUCGAUAUUCACUUCAAAACCCCUUGACCGGGAAACACUGCUGUGGCACAACAUUACAGUAAUAGCAGCAGAGAUCAACAACCCAAAACAAAGCAGCCGUGUCCCCGUGUUCAUUAAGGUCUUGGAUGUAAAUGACAACGCUCCAGAGUUUGCCAUGUUUUAUGAGACCUUCGUCUGUGAGAACGCAAAGGCAGAACAGCUGAUACAAACAUUAAGUGCUGUUGAUAAAGAUGACUCUUACAAUGGACAUCAGUUUUCAUUCUCCUUAGCUCCCGAGGCUGCCAGCAGCUCAAACUUUACACUACAGGACAACAGAGACAACACAGCAGGGAUUUUCACUCGAAAAACCAGAUAUAACCGGCAUGAAACAAGUACCUACUUCUUGCCAGUGGUAAUAUCAGACAAUGAUUACCCCAUCCAGAGCAGCACUGAAACGGUGACUAUUCGGGUGUGUGCUUGUGACCAUCGAGGAAAGAUGCUGUCCUGUAAUGCAGAAGCCUUGAUUCAUCCUACUGGUCUUAGCACUGGUGCUCUUAUUGCCAUUCUUCUCUGCAUCAUUAUAUUACUUGUUACUGUGGUGCUGUUUGCAGCACUGAGACGACAGCGGAAAAAAGAGCCUUUGAUAAUUUCCAAAGAAGACAUCAGAGACAACAUUGUCAGUUAUAAUGAUGAAGGUGGUGGAGAGGAAGACACCCAGGCAUUUGAUAUUGGCACGCUGAGGAAUCCCGAAGCCAUAGAUGAUAAUAAAUUACGCAGAGACAUUGUGCCAGAAACGCUUUUUCUGCCGCGGCGGACUGCAACAGCACGAGAUAACACGGAUGUCAGAGAUUUCAUUAACCAAAGGUUAAAGGAAAAUGACACUGAUCCAACAGCACCCCCGUAUGACUCAUUAGCAACCUACGCGUAUGAAGGUAAUGGUUCUGUGGCCGAGUCCCUCAGCUCCUUGGAGUCGGUGACUACGGACGGAGAUCAGGACUACGAUUACCUCAGUGACUGGGGACCUCGGUUUAAAAAGCUGGCAGAUAUGUAUGGCUCAAUGGACAGUGACAAAGACUCUUAA